AAGCUCCUUCGUUUCUUUCUCCCUUUCUACCUUCCUUUCUUUCAUUCAGAAAGAAAUCACACAAACCCAGCCAAAAAACCCUAGCAUUGUAAGCCUACACCACCGCCGCAAGGUGUGGCAUACUGCCGCCGUCCGUCGCACUCAAAGUUCGCCAUCCGUCCGUCUAUCUAGCUUCCCUCGUGCUCCAAGUCUUCAACCCCUGUUCGCUGUCACCGAUCGCGGCUGCUUCCUCGAGCUCGGCGUCCGUCGUCUUUGUCUGCUCAGCGGCGCUUCCGUCGCCGUUUGUUUGCCGUUCACGUUCGGGCUUUCGUUCAUCUGUCGUCUUCGUUCGCGUUCUUCGCCGUUCACGUUCGCUCGGCGUUCACCGUUCGCGUUCACUCGCCGUUCACCGUUCGAGUUCGCAUUCGCGUUCGUCUGGAAGCCACGUUGCUCUGCUUCAAACUCUGCGACCAACCCGCGCGCUCCACUUAGCCGUCGAACUGCUCUCUUUUGUUGCCGCCACAAUAUGCUCACUCCAUGUGCAAACAGUAGGCUGAAGCGUAAGAUGCUUGAGACACAAACCCAAUGCAGUGAAGAGAAAGAAGAGCCUAGAGAACUUGAUAGUAAAAUUGGAAAAGUUGAUAGAAUGCUUGGUUCUCCACAGGAUCCUAAUGUUAGGUCACGUGCCAUAUUUAUAUUGGAAAAUGCUUCACUGAAGAAAGGACUCGUUAAAAAGGAGUGGAAAAUCCUCAAUUCGCAUGAUGAUGCCAAUCUUCUGUUGAAGCAAAAUAAGAGUCUUAAUGAUUAUCGACCAGACAUUGUUUUUGAGGCACUCCGUAGUAUUAUUGAUAGUCCACUUAAUAAAUAUGGUUUGGUGGAAGCUAUAUUCGUGAAAAUUGAUGGAGGAGCCCUAUUUGAAAUCAAGCCACAUGUUCGCAUUCCUCGAACUUGUAAACGUUUCUGUGGUCUCGUAGUGGAUUUGCUUAGAAAGUCUCGUGUUUGUGCUAAAGAUACAAAUGAAGUACUUAUUCGCGUUGUUGAAGAGCCUGUGACGCGCCAUUUACCGGUCAAUUCUCAUAUAGUAGGCCUCUCUUAUAGCUCAAAGAAGGUGGUCCACAUAGAUGACUACGUUUCUUCCCUAAGUGAUCAUAUGACGCCUGUUUUUGUGGUGGGUGCAAUGGUAAAUGGGAAAGUAAAAGAAGACCACACACAUGAUUAUAUUUCUGUUUCUGAUUAUCCACUUGGUGCUAAAUGCUGCGUAGGCCUUAUCUGUGAUGCAUUGGAGCAGAAAUGGAAGCUAUUCUAAAAUAAUGAGUUACAGAAAGGGUUCUAAGUAAAAUUAUAAAUGAGUCAAAAUGCUAAUUUUACCUGUUAUUUAAUGUAAAGAGUGUGAUCGUUCGUCUCUAACUACUCGAGUUACAGACAGUUAGCAAUUUUAGUACCUCAGCUACACUUUUUUAUUUUCUAGAAAAAACAACUAUUAAUACCCAUGAAUUUUGCGAACAUAGACAAAAAUACCCAUCAAACAAGAAAACUAAAGUUUUACU